AUGAGCAGGAGGUGAGUCAGAGCGAGGGGCUGUCUGAGGGAUAAACACUAACCAAGGUUCAGUUUCACUCUGAUAAAUACUCUACAGGACAAACUACAUACAAAUCAUAUUUAUACAAAUCAUCUUACUUGCUCAGAUAUCAACUUUAUGAUAAGAAAACAUAUAACAAUGUGAAACAUUGACUUAAACAUUGACAUGUGUAGUGUCAAGCAGGAGAGAGUGGAGCAUCCUGCUCCCAGCUGUCUGUCUAUGAAGAGUAACAGGUCAAUGGAGGAAGCCUUACACGUCAGUGGAGAAGUAUGUCUCUCUGAUAUAAGGUGAGUGUUUAUAAAGCUUGGUCAGACUGCAGCUACAUAGUGUGUACACAACUAGGAUAUACAUGUAACUGCCAGAAUAAAGGAAACACCAACAUAGGGUCUUAAUAGGGCGUUGGGCCACCACGAGGUGCCAGAACAGCUUCAAUGCGCCUUGGCAUGGAUUAUACAAGUGUCUGGAACUCUGUUGGAGGGAUGUGACAUCAUUCUUCCACGAGAUAUUCCAUAAUUUGGUGUUUUGUUGAUGGUGGUGGAAAACGCUGUCUCAGGCGUCACUCCAGAUCUCCCAUAAGUGUUCAAUUGGGUUGAGAUCUGAUGACUGAGACGGCCAUGGCAUAUGGUUUACAUCGUUUUCAUGCUCAUCAAACCAUUCAGUGACCACUCGUGCCUUGUGGAUGGGGGCAUUGUCAUCCUGGAAGAGGCCACACCCAUCAGGAUAGAAAUGAUUCACCAUAGGUUGAAGGUGAUCACUCAGAAUGGCUGUGUAUUUAUUGGCGUUUACCUUGCCCUCUAAGGGGUUGAGUGGACCUUAUCACAUGCUAGGAAAAUGCAUCCUACACCAUAACAGAGCCACCAUAACCCUAAUUUACUCAAUUGUUUCCUUUAUUUUGGCAGUUUACUGUAUUUUACUGUUGAUAAAUAUAUUUAGUUUCAUCUGCUUUCACUUUAAGACAACACAGAGGAUAAUGUGAUGAUAUCAUUACAGAUAACUAUAUUGGGUAUGAAUGUGGAGCAAGCGAGAAAGUUAGGUCUCAUGUACAUUUUAGUAGUCAUUUUAGCAUAAAUGACCUCUUAGCCAGAGAAACUUACAGUGAUGAAUACAUAUUGUUGAAUAACUGCCCCCGUGGGAAUCGCCACCCACAACCCUGGCGGGGUCAAACGCCAUUGGCUCUAUCAACUGAAGCACAUCACGGCCGGCCAUUCCCUCCCCUACCCUGGACGACGCUGGGCCAAUGGGGCGCCGCCCAUGAUCUCCCCGGCGCGGCCGGGCUGCGACAGAGCCUGAUCGAACCAGAUUCUCUAGUGGCACAGUUAGCACUGCAAUGCAGUGCCUUAGGCACGGCCCACUCAGGAGACGAUGUCUCCUGCUCCCUGCGGUCUGUCUAGAGAGUGACAGGUCCAUGGAGCACCCUUACUUAAAAAGAGACCUGACCCCUGAUCUGAGGUGAGUGUUGAAAUGAGUAGCUUUACUCAUGAUCUGAGACCGUAGUUGAUGUUGUUGUUUUUUAUUGUAUAUAGAGGUCUCUCUCUCAGUGGUCAUCUGCUGACUGAAGGACAUUCAUUGCUCUGUGCAGAGUGCUGAGGACCCGGUCUCAUUCCCUGGGGACACUAGUUGCGGCAGGCGUUGCAUCACAGAUCCUGCCCAGCCCGGCCCUGCAAGAGACAUGUGUGUCCCAUGCAGUAAAAUCAAGCCCGGCCUGUGCUCAUCACUAACACAGCCUUGGCCAGGGUCCUCCAGGGGCUCCAGCAGGCAGGCUUCAGUCCUGCCCUCCCUGCUCUGGGCUACGCUGGGCCUGGGGACGUGGCCUGUGAUAUCUGCUCUGGACAGAAGCUCAGAGCGGUCAAGUCCUGUCUGACCUGCACUGUCUCCUACUGUGAGAGCCACGUCAGGCAGCACUACACCGUCCCAGCACUGCCGAGACACACCCUGGCUGAGGUCACUGGAGAUGGGCACAAAUCUGGAAAGAUAGAGAGCAUCAAAGAGGUGCUGUCAUUAAGGAUACACUAUUUUAAUGAUGACUACAAACACUUACACUGAAUGUACAAAACAUUAAGAACACCUUCCUAAUAUUGAGUUGCACCCCCCCCCCCCCCCCCCCCCCCUUGCCCUCAGAACAGCCGCAAUUCGUCGGGGCAUGGACUCUACAAGGUGUAAAAGCAUUCCACAGAGAUGCUGGCCCAUGUUGACUCCAAUGCUUCCCACAGUUGUGUCAAGUUGGCUGGAUGUCCUUUGGGUGGUAGACAAUUCUUGAUACACACGGGAAACUGUUGAGCGUGAAAACCCCAGCACUUUUGCAGUUCUUGACACAAACCGGUGCGCCUGGCACCUACUACAAUACCCCGUUCAAAGGCACUUAAAUCUCUUGUCUUGCCCAUUCACCCUCUGAAUGGCACACUUACACAAUCCAUGGCUCAGUUGUCUCAAGGCUUAAAAAUACGACACUGAUUUAAGUGGAUUUAACAAGAGACAUUAAUAAGGGAUCAUAGAAAGAGCAGGUGUUCAUAAUGUUUUGUACACUCAGUGUAUAACACUAUUAUAAUGAGAUGAACUGAACUGUGUGUUUCAUGUUUUCUCUUAAGGAGGAGACUAUGGAGACUGAGACUGAGGAGGAGAGGGAGAGGGUCUCUAAUAAGAGGAAGAUAAUAGAAGUUCAAGAGGAGGAAGAAGAUUGUGAUGAGGAGAUUUCUGAGCUGAAGAAUACAAUCAGUGAGCUGAGGAAGGAGAUCUCUGAGCUGAAUAGCUCUAAGUCAGACUUGGAGCAGGAGAUCUCUAAACUCAAACAUGAUGUUGGUGAGCUCAGUAAGGAGAAUGCUGUGCUAAAACAAGAGGCAUUUGAGAAAGAACUGAUGGACAUCAGAAUUGCUGAUCUGAAUAAGACCAUAGCUACUCUCAGCUCAGACCUACAGCAACAGAGAGAGGCUGAGUAUGUGAGAAGAAACCUGAAGAAUAUGAAGAUGGACUAUGGUUAG